AGAGCGCGUGCGAGCGUCGCCAUAUUGUUCGUGAGCGUAGUGCGAGUAGGUCGAUUUUGUGGAGCUACGGCGCGCGCGAUUGUACCCGUGAGCUAGUACUAUACUAGCGGGCCGUUUUUGUGAGCCUUUUUCCGUCGAUUGCAUCUCCCCAUAGGCACAGCGUGUGUACGUGUGUGUGUGCGUGUAUGUAUGCAGUAGUAGGUGCGUGCGUGCGGAUCGGUAGGAAGCGGUGAGACGGAAAAUACGUCGCGAAGCUUGAUAAAAUCCUCUUCAUUUGCUGUGGGAUGAGCAAAAGAAGCGUACCGUUGAUGUAGUGAGAGAGAGCGAAAGAGCAAGCAACAUACGAGAAAUAGUGUGUGUGAGUGUGUGCGUGUAUACGCGCGUUCUUGGAGUUUUUUUUUACUUCUUGUAACAUCGGUGGCAGUUCCACGAAAGACGAAAGAAGCAAACCGUCCCCACACGCAAGGUGGAAGAAAGGAGGACAACGACUCCCCUCAGCGCACACACGUAAAGCGAGUACGUGCAUGAACGAUCGUGUGUUUGUGUGUGUUUGUGUCCGUGCUUGGUGUGUGCAGUUUUCUUUUCUGGCUGGUGGUGAAAGGAAAAAUCGAGAAAAUCCGUACGGUGCGUCGUGCGAAGCGGGUGCUGUGUGCGUGGUUCCAUUUUUGAAACAAGAAUGGAAAUACAGUGAAAGCUACGUUCUUCGGGGUUGAAAUUUGUGGUACGAGUGUGUUGAAACGCGCACGGAAAAACGACAAGCAAGUGUUGUGCGGUAGUGUGUGAGCGCGAAUCAGUGUGAUACUGUCGCCCGUCCGAGAGGAGCCCUGCUGUAGUGAGUGAGCGAAGGAAAAUUAAAAGCCAAAAAAACGCGUUAUUUUCCUGUCCUUAGCGCGUGUGAGGGGGCUACACUCAGAAUACGUGGAGAUAGUGAGCAAGUCGUGGGAAAAUAGUGAAUAAUUGUAGGAAAGAAAAAAGCGAACGGGGUCUGGCCACAAAGAGUGUGAAUUUGUUUGAGAUUAGCGUGUAGUGCGUGAGAGUGAGUGAGAGUGAGGAGCACAGAGGCGUUUGAACCAUGUCGCUCCCUAUCAACUCACUGUACAGCCUGACCUGGGGUGAUUACGGGACCUCGCUGGUGUCCGCGGUCCAGCUGCUCCGGUGCCAUGGCGAUCUGGUGGACGUCACACUGGCCGCCGGUGGACGCAGCUUUCCGGCGCACAAAAUCGUGCUCUGUGCGGCAAGUCCAUUUUUGUUGGAUCUGCUAAAGAAUACACCAUGCAAGCAUCCCGUCGUCAUGCUGGCCGGCGUCAAUGCGAACGAUCUGGAGGCACUGCUCGAGUUCGUGUACCGCGGCGAGGUAAGCGUGGACCAUUCGCAGCUUCCGUCGCUGUUGCAGGCAGCCCACUGUCUCAACAUCCAGGGCCUGGCACCGCAAACCGUCUCGCACAAGGAUGACAACACGACGUACACCACCUCGAUCCAGCUGCAUCCGACUCUGGUGCCGCAGAAUCACGUCAAGGCGGUCAUCGAUGUAUCGAACAAUGUUUGCACGGCGGAAGAACUGAUCACAACACUCGGACCCACACAAACGGUACAGGCACAAGUCAUUGAAACGAUCACACCGGACCAGAUGUCGGAUGAAGUAACGAAGGAUGUCAUUAGCCAGUUUUUGCCCACACGCAAGCGCAAGCAGCGCACCAAGAAGACCAACAAUCAAGGACAACCCGGUGCGGCAACUAACAGUGCCGGCGGUACACAGGCGGCCAAGGUAAUGAAAACGGAUGACGACGGUACAACGAUUCAGGUGAUUGUGAACAAUGCGGAGGAAGCGACACCCGUUCCAAAGGACAUCAAGAAGGAAGCGAACGCUGACGGUACCACGGUAGACACGAAGGAAGGCAUCAUCAAAAUUAAGAGCAAAUCUCAAUCGGAACAACCGGCAACCUGCCCGAUCUGUCAGGCCGUUAUUAGACAGUCUAGGAAUCUGCGCCGGCAUCUGGAGCUGAGACAUUUCAAGAAACCCGGCAUGAAAAAGGAACGCAUCCGCAAGAGCAAGAAAGGACAAGGUUCAAACCCUAACCAAGCAAACGGAGGCAAUGGCACAAACGCAGGAACAGUAACCGGUGACCAGGUCGCACAACAGGCCCAGCAUCAAGUCGUACAGCAGCAGGCCCAACAGCAACAGGUGGUACAGCAAGGACAACAACAGCAGACCACGAUCGAUACGACCGGCACGAUAUCCGUCACCGUUUCCCAGGCCCAGGCACAGCAGAUCGAACAAGCAGCCGCAAACGGACAGCAGCACGUCGUGACACAGCACGAAAAUGCGGACGGCACCACAUCCCUCUCGAUCGCGCAGGUUCAAACACUCGAUGGCCAUCAGCUCGCAAUUGGAAAUCUCAAUCAGGCCACGCUGAUCCGAACCGGUGAACCAAUCGAAACGGGUAUCAUUGCAACGCACGAGCCGACGCUACGUCCCCACACGGAGCUGUUCCGCGUCGGCAAUACCGUCUACACGAUAGAGGAACGUCGGACGGACACCACCAAUCGCCUAACUUAGAACGAU